CGUAUAUAUGUGAACGAGUUUUCUGGCUGCGCAGCAGCUGGGUAUAUACGUGCAGGCAUAUAUAUAGAUGAUCCCACUACUCCAGUAUACUUCGACCCUCUCUAGCUGACCCAGCCUCUCAUUAAUUUGCCUCAGUAGUCUUACGUGUAUAUAUAUGGUUGUUCGAGUUCCUAUGGCUAUGGCGGCGGCGGUACUGCUCGUGGUGGCCGCCGUCGUGGUGGUGGUGGAGGUGGCCGCGGCGGCGACGUACACGGUGGGCGCGCCCGCCGGGCUGUGGGACAUGCAGACCGACUACGCCGACUGGGUGAAGAGCAAGACCUUUCACCCCGGCGACAGCAUCAAUUAUACAAUGGUCCUGUGUCCUGGCAGCGUUCACGUACUCGCCGGAGCUGCACGACGUGGUGGAGGUGAUCAAGGCGGGCUACGACGCCUGCUCCAGCGCCAACAACAUCUCCGCCUUCCGCUCCGGCAACGACGUCGUGACGCUCACCGCCGUCGGCACGCGCUACUUCCUCUGCGGCCUCACGGGACACUGCGGCAACGGCAUGAAGAUCCGCGUCGACGUCGUCGCCGCCAAAGCCUCGUCCGCGCCGGCGUCGAGCUCGGCCAGCAGGGCUGCCGCCGCUGGUUUCGCCAUCAUGACAACCGUCGCCGCCUCGCUGCUGCUGCUGCAACCCGCCGCCGUCGUCGUCAGCUAGCUUCACCACGCGUGCGUGGUUGUGCGUUUGCUCCAUGUACACUUUGUUAUUUUCGCGCAUGCUAGUGUUUUUUUUAAUCUCCUCUCAGAGCAAGUAUUAUAGUAGGCUAUAAGCCAGCUAAAUCUGAGGUGGAGGAGAGAGAAGAGGAGAGAGAGUAAAAGCGGCCUGUAAGCUUACAGCGGCUCAGACACAAAAACCAAAAAAAUCUAUGAGACAGACAAGUGGGCCAUGUAUUAAUGGUGACGAGCUAACCAUUAUAUGAGUAGGCUGCAAGAAGGCUGUAAAAAAAUCUUACAGCCAACAGCUGACUGUAUUAUAAAACUUGCUCUCAACAAGCAAAGGACAGCAGCGCGUCAAUGCAUUAUGAAUGGCCAGAUGGGCCGGGUCCAAUGAGCAGCAUGGGGCAGGGUGCUUAGGUACAACAGCUUAAUGAGCUGUUAUGAGUUGUUGGUUUUUUUUCUAAAGACUCUUU